GCUUAUGCUCAGAUUAUGGAUAAUAAUAAUAAUAAUAAUAAUAUUGAUCUAUCCUUGAACCUUAAUGAAUCUCGUCGACGACCUCGUUCAUCAGAGCAAGAAUCAUCGGAACCUGGUAAAAUGCUGCAGUCAAACGCAGCGGAAGGGGAGAUAUCCACCGGAAGUUCCUUGUCGGAAAACCAGAAAAUAGAAGAGUUGUCGGUGUUGCAGAGGGAGAUGAAGAGGAUGAAAGAGGAGAAUAAGGCGUUGAGAGAUGCUGUGGAGCAAACCAUGAAAGAUUUCCACGAUCUGCACCGGAAAUUUUCUUGUAUCCAACAGAACAAUCAUGAAGACAAGGGAUUUGCUAAGGAUUUUUUGACGCUGAGUGGAACUGAUGAGACAAGGAAUCAUAGAGAGCUGCAAGAGAGGAGUCAUCAGAUAACCUCGGAUCCAUCACCGGAGGACGGCGGCGAUGAAGACGACGACGGCGACGGUGAAUUAGGGUUGUCAUUGACGCUGAAGAGUAGCAGCAGUAGUAGGUCAUUGAUUGGAAGAAGAAUGCAUGGAGAAGGUGAGGAAAGAGGAGAGAAGAGUAAGGCGGAAGAGAUGAAUUCAACUACUGGAUUUACUCCGACGCCACCCCCACCGGCGGCGAUGAUACAGAACAAUCCCCCGCCGGGAUUUACUGCCACUUCUCCUCCCAACAAAAAAACUAGGGUUUCCGUCCGGGCUAGAUGCGAAGCUGCCACAAUGAACGAUGGAUGCCAAUGGAGGAAAUAUGGUCAAAAAAUUGCAAAAGGAAAUCCAUGUCCAAGAGCCUAUUAUCGUUGCACAGUUGCCCCAGGAUGUCCAGUGAGAAAACAGGUACAAAGAUGUUUAGAAGACAGAUCCAUACUAAUCACAACCUACGAAGGAACACACAACCAUCCACUUCCGGUGGGCGCGACGGCGAUGGCCUCAACAGCCUCGGCAGCCUCGUUCAUGUCGCACCUGGAUUCCACCAACCCAAUUUCCAACCUAAACCACGCAUUUCUCAUCCCUAAUUACAACCACCCCAACCCACACUUAAUCAUCAACCCUAACAACCCUUCUUCCCACCUUAACAUCCCAAACCUCGUACGAAACAACAUCCCUGCUUCAAACCCAUCAUCUUCGUCGUCUUCGCCGCAUUUCUGGGGGCCAAAGCUACCUGAUCAUCCUCAUCACCGUCAGAUUGAGCUGCGGCGAUCCAACGGCGGAGAUCGAAGUGGUGAUAAUACCAAUAAUAAAAAUGAUAAUAAUAAAGUAGUGGUGGCUGAUCAUCAAAACAUGAGCGCCGCCAUUGCUGCUGAUCCUAAGUUUAGGGUUGCGGUCGCGGCGGCUCUUUCCUCACUCAUCAGUACUAAAGAUCAAACCCAUGCAUCCUCGUGAAAAGGAACAACAGUACGUACCAGUCAGUGAAUAUAAUUAAGGUAUAGUAGCUGACGAAGGACAGUUUAAUUGUUUGUUGAGAUUAAGGUUGAUUAAUGGUCAUACGUGUUACUUUGUAUUAUUGUAAGUAUAUCUUAUAUAGAUGUUGCAUUUUUUGUUAUGAUUAUAUAACCCGAUACUUGAUCAA